AUGGCCGACAGACAGUUAUCGUCCGCCUCGUCGUCGAGGCGGCAAAAACAGCCAACCGAUGGUGCCGUCGGGCAGUUCGUCAUCGACAAGGAGAUUGGAAAGGGUAGCUUCGCCCAGGUCUACUCUGGCCGGCACAAGGUCACGGGCGCCCUGGUCGCCAUCAAGUCCGUAGAGCUCAGUCGCUUGAACAAGAAACUAAAGGAAAACCUGUACGGCGAAAUCAAGAUCCUCAAGACGUUGCGCCACCCACAUAUCGUUGCCCUUCAUGACUGUGUCGAGUCGGCCACGCACAUCAACUUGAUUAUGGAAUACUGCGAGCUUGGUGAUCUGUCGUUAUUUAUUAAGAAGCGGGAGAAGCUGAUCACACACUCGGCUACCCGUGAUAUUGCCCGCAGGUAUCCCAUUGAGCACAACCAAGGUUUGCACGAGGUUAUCACCCGCCAUUUCCUCAAGCAGCUCGCAAGUGCGCUCAAGUUUUUGAGGGAAGGAAACUUUGUUCACCGAGAUGUCAAACCACAGAACCUGCUGCUGCUGCCGUCGCCGCUCUUUCGGGAAACUCACCAUUCGGCCAAGCAAAUCUUGAGUGCUAGUUACGACUCGCUGAUGCCAGCAGCAGGACUUCCGUCGCUGCCUAUGCUCAAGCUUGCCGACUUCGGCUUUGCUCGCGUGUUGCCCUCGACGUCACUCGCUGAGACGCUGUGUGGGUCACCGCUCUACAUGGCCCCUGAGAUUCUCCGGUAUGAACGGUACGAUGCCAAAGCGGAUCUGUGGUCGGUGGGCACCGUUCUGUAUGAGAUGGCGACAGGGAGACCUCCCUUUAGGGCCGGGAAUCAUGUGGAGCUGCUUAGGAAGAUAGAAGCUGCUGAGGACCAGGUCAAGUUUCCUCGCGAGAGCGUGGUCAGUCCGGAGUUGAAGAGCCUCGUCCGAGCUCUCCUGAAGCGGAAUCCCGUGGAACGGAUCAGCUUCGCCGACUUUUUCAACCACACCGUCAUCACAGGGCCCAUCCCCAAUCUCCACGAGGAUGACCUCCCGAAGCCGGAACCACAGCAGGUGAAGGAGACAGUGCGGCCCGAAGGGUCACUGUCUCUAUCACGUCGGGAUUCCCAGCGUGGCAAAGCGGCCACAGGCGUUCUGUCCUCCCCCAGGCCUCGGCCAUCAUCGCCACUGGCGACACCGAUCGAGAAACCGAACCCACUGGAGCAAGUGCCAGGUCCUCGUGCUGGCUUGAGCUACUCGCCUGCUGGAGAUGGGUUGGGAAUUACCCGCCGGCCAGCUGUUCAGCCAUCUACUUCAGCGCCAGCCCGCCCCGUCAUGUACGUGGACCGCUCUCGAGCAAACUCGACCGCCUCGCAGAGACCACCACGAGAAUCCAUCGUGCCGGACCCUUCACAAACCCUUGCAUCGCAACCUCGACCAAAGAGCAGGCCGACCAAGCCCCUGACAGAGGAGGAGAAGGCUGCUCAGGAUGUUGCUUUGGAGCGUGACUACAUCUUCAUCGACAAGAAGGGCGUGGAGGUCAAUGCACUGGCUGACCAAAUCUCCAUGUACCCGCAAUCGGUCCCCAAGUCGGGUCAGAUUGUUCGGCGCGCUACCCAGCAAGGGCACCCAACAUCAACGACUGGUGCUGUUUCCGCCCGAAACAACCACCUUCGACAAGGGUCAUAUGACAAGCCACUCUCUAGCAGCCCCGGCUCGACAACUUCUGCCAUCUCCAAGGCAAUUCAGGACGCCAGUCUUCGGCUUUUUGGGUUCAACGUGGCGCCUCAUCUGCUCAGCAAGGGCCAGUCUCCGCCCCAGAUCUACAGCCCUUUCCCGGCAUACCCGACGCCCUCUGCACCGGCCGGGCUGAUCUCGGAUGGGAAGCACACCACGCCGGUGGACGAGGAUUCCCGCGUGGCCCAGUGCAUUGAGGAUUGGGCCACCCGAAGCGAUGUGGUCUAUGGCUUUGCCGAGGUCAAGUACAAGCAACUUGUUCCAUUGGCCCCUUCCAUGGAUUAUGGCCUUGGCGGCGUUCCUGCCGACAAGAUGGAGGAAGAAGAUGGCCUCACCCUCGAGGCAACAGUCUCUCUAUCAGAAGAGGCCCUGGUAUUGUACGUCAAGGCGCUGUCUCUUCUUGCCAAAUCCAUGGACAUUGCUAGCCUAUGGUGGACACGCAAGAGCAGGUCGGACAACAGCAACAGCAUCCACUCAGCCGCUCGCGACUCGGUUAACAGCCAGGCGUUGGCACUGAAGAUCAAUAGGGUGGUCCAGUGGAUCCGGUCCCGGUUCAACGAGGUCUUGGAGAAGGCUGAGAUUGUGCGGUUAAAACUCAUCGAGGCUCAAAAGCAGCUUCCCGAAGAUCACCCCAGCCACCCCAGCAAUCAUCAAACCGAGGUCAGCUCGGUGACGGGUGCCGAAGGAGUCAUCCUUUCGCCAGGUAUCAGCGCCGAGAAGCUCAUGUACGACCGCGCCGUUGAGAUGAGUAGAACUGCAGCCAUCAACGAGAUUGCGAGCGAAGACCUCCCCGGCUGCGAGAUAUUCUAUUCGACUGCGAUUCGCAUGCUCGAGGCUGUCUUGGAUAGCGAUGACGACCAUCUUCCCAAGCGCAGGAUAUCAACCUCGUCUAGGGACGAAAAGGCUGAAGCUGCUGUCCGCGAGGACACCUCCGAGAUGAGCAGCGAGGACAAGCAGUCUAUUCAGAAGAGUGAGCAGAUUUACCUCCUUUGUAUUGGUUACCGUACUAACAGCUUGACAGUGAUCCAGAUGGUUAAAGCACGUCUCGCAAACCUCCAGAAGAAGAUGCUUGCCAUCUCUCGAGCUCAACAGCAGCAGCAACAGGACAUAAUUUCUGUCAGACGUCGUAGCGGCGAGAUGGCACCACGCAGUGUCCCGGUCUGA